CGAACAGCUGUUCCGUUAUCGAAGAAAUGUUAGGUUGUAUUUUUCAUUGAUUGGAUUGGAAAAAAUGGCAUUAACUAAUUUAUUAGUGAGGAACUAUUUAAACACUGUUAUAUAUAAAAAUAAUCCUUUGCUAAUAACUGCGCGCUUGGGGCACACAAUACGUGGCAAACGGCCGGGAGUCGCUAGGUCAUUGGAGCAACGUUUGCAGGAGGAAAAUGCUAAAGACCCCGAGCUAACCGCGCGUGUUAACAUUGGGUUUCCACGUUUGAAACCUUCACGCUCUGAACAAUUGAAGGAGCGCCUGGCGCACUUGAAAGCACAACGAUCUAGCGAAGAAGUGGAGAAGUUGGCUCGCUCCAACAAAUUACUUAUUGAUCUGGAUGAAGUACAGUCAGAAUAUCGGGCCACUAAUGGACAAUAUGAUUUGCGUGUGAUUGCUGACCAUUAUGGCAUUUUUGACGAUUUAUUCGGUUUGGCAUAUUUUGUGCCGCGCGUUGUAUUAAAUGUGAAGUAUCACAUGGAUGGCGAUACACACGGCCUUGUUUAUAAUGGCAACGUCAUAAAGCCUGCAGAGGCAGUAAGUGCGCCAGAGGUUACCUUUGAUGGAACGAUUGAUCCAAUAACAGGAAAGAAAUCUGAAGGUGAUUUUUUCUGGACGCUUGUUGCCUCUAACCCAGAUGCACACUUUUCCGACAGUUCAUCUGAAUAUGUACACUGGUUUAUAUCGAAUAUUCCAAAUGGUGACGUUAAGAAGGGUGAAGUGCUCGUAGACUACUUACCACCUUUUCCACCAAAGGGCGUGGGCUAUCAACGUAUGAUCUUUGUGCUGUACAAACAAAACGGCAAAUUAGAUUUCAGCAAAUACAAACUCCCUACGAGCGACAAGUAUAAUUUGGAGAAGCGUACAUUUAAAACACUUGAUUUCUAUCGCGAACAGCAGGAUAAUAUUACACCAGCUGGAUUGGCAUUUUUCCAAAGCGAUUGGGAUAGCUCACUUACAAAGUUCUACCACAAUGCUUUGAAUAUGAAGGAGCCGAUAUUCGAAUAUGAUUUCCCCAAGCCAUACCUGGCUGAUCAGAAAUUCUUCCCUCUUAAGCAGGCCUUUAAUUUGUAUCUGGAUCGCCACCGUGAUCCUAAGGAAGUUAACAAGGAAUACCUAGAACGCAAAUUAGCGAAAACGCAUCCUUUUGAAGGUCCCGAAAAACCGUUGCGUUUUCCAAAUGCACAUCCAAUACGUGGUGUGCCUUCAUGGUUAAAGACAGAAAUACGCAAACGUCGACUGGGCAUCGGGCGCAUUAAUGAUUACAAAUAAGCGAUAUAAUUCUAAAUUAGGCGGUGUGUUUUACAGUUUAGAAAAAAAUAUAGUAAACGUAUAUUAAAAUGUUAUAAAUAGAUGUGUGUUUUGAAU